AUGGCGACAGGGCGAGUGAAAAAAGAAUUGAAAGAUCUGGCCAAGUCGCCUGUCGAAGGAAUUACAAUCACUCCCAGCGAAAAUGACAUGUUCAGCUGGGCGGCUGUUCUCGAGGGUCCGAAAGAUACACCUUACGAGGGCGGUAAAUUCAACCUGACAAUCAGUUUUCCCCCGGAUUAUCCCUUCAAGCCGCCAAAAGUAAAGGUGCUUACGAAACUCUAUCACGUAAAUGUCAGCGACGAAGGCUACAUCUGCAUGGAUAUACUUGCAGGCAGUUGGACUCCCGCCCUUAGCAUUCAAAAAGUCCUUAUCUCGUUCCUCUCAUUUCUGAUGUCUCCAAAUCCAGAUCACGCUCUCAAUCCUGACCGAGCAAAAGUUCUCCGAGAAAAUCCUGACGAGUAUUACAAAACUGCGCGUGACUGGGUUCAGAAACACGCGAUGGAAAAUUGA